CUGAACAGCAGACAGCUAAGUCCGUUUCUACCUUGCAAACUUGGAAGAAAGAAUCCCAAAGCAUCAAAAAUGACUACAUCCGCGGCUGAACUACAGGCGAGCUACGAGCAGCAGGGCUUCCUCUCAGCACUGCCCGUGCUGAAUGAGGAAGAGCUGAGGGAGGCCAGACUGGCCUUUUCUAAGCUGGAGGAGGAAUUUGGUAAAGAGUACACUCAGUACAGCCUCCACAAUGUUCAUCUUCAGUAUCCGUGGGUGAUGAACCUGACCAAACACUCCAGCGUUCUGCGAGUGGUCCAAGCCGUCCUUGGCCCUGACGUCAUACUGCUGGACACCCGCUUCAUUUGCAAAUACCCGGCUCUCCCUCCAGUCAACAUCCAGGAGAAAGAAGGAAAUCUACCCAGAGCAGAUGGAGAGCCUGAACUUCCAUAUGUGGCUUGGCAUCAGGACAUUAGGUACUGGGGUAUUGCUGGUGGGCCUGUUCUCUCUGUGUGGCUCGCUUUUGAUGACUCAGUAAAAGAAAACGGCGCCCUUCGGGUCAUCCCAGGGAGCCACUGCUCUGGCAUGUUGGCCCAUCGUGAAGCCAGCCGCUCUGGAAACAUGCUGUCAGUCAACCAGGAGAUCCCAGAGGAGCUGCUGCAGGUGGAGGCAGCGCUGCUUUGCCCCCUGCAAGCUGGACAGAUGUCUAUCCACGACGGACUUCUCGUCCAUGCAAGUGAUGCCAACAGAUCCCAGAGGAGGCGCUGCGGCUUCGUGGUCCGUUAUAUUCCCACAUGUGCAUACCCAAUUGAGGAUCCUGAACGACCCAGGAAAUUCCAUGCAACAAUGCUGGUUUCAGGGAUCGAUCAGUUCAAUCAUUUCUCCAGCAAAACCACAUAAACAAUUACUGGAGUCUUGCCAACAGUUGUUUUCACGCGUUGCUGUUACAUUUUUAGGCCUAUAUAUAUAUAUAUAUAUAUAUAUAUAUAUAUAUAUAUAUAUAUAUAUCAAAAUUGUUCCAUCUUUAUCUUCAGUUGUAUGUAUAUCUUGUAUUGAACGGUGCUGAGGUUUUCCAAUACUGUGUGUAAUACUGUUGUGUGUUUAUAUUUUGAAGUUUCACAGUGAAAUGAUUAAUCAACAUUCAUAAAGCUUUAAAUAAAUAUCUAAAUCACUUUACAAA